GCUCGAGCACUCGUGCGCGCCUCGCCCCGCCAAUAGGAUCCACUACAGAAGAAGCAGCGUUCGGUUCCAUUGGAAGGGCGGCCAGCAGGAUGCACCAGCAGUCAUCGCAGUCCGAGAACAUGGGGUCGGCGACGGGCCCCGUCUCGGGUUCGCGACGUUCGGCGGCCUUUUCGGGUGCCUUCCGAAUGACCCGACGGGACCUCAUCGCCACGGCCCUGCUCGUCUCGGGCGCGUCGGCCAUCGUCGUGACCGCCGCCAUCGCGGCCCGCAGCCGCCACCGCCCCGAGCCGUUGCCGUCGCUGCUAGACCUGAAGCCACCGCGCGAGAACCCCUGGCAGACCCGACACAUGCCCCUCUACUUCGAGUGCGAGUCGAGCGCGUGUCGCGCUACGGCCGAAGACCUGAGGAAGAACGUCGCUUGGUCCCUGAACCCCUGCGCGGACUUCUACGAGUACGUCUGCUCUAGCGACCGAACGCAGACGAACGUCUAUGACUACGCCGUGGCCCACUACCUGCGCGAAGUCAGGGAAGUCAUCCGCAAGUACCAGAACCUCGGCUUCUUCUCGAGGACCGCGAUGUCGAAAAAGAUCACCGGUUUCUUCAGUGCCUGCCAGUCGAGCCGGUUGGAUCUGUCCUCGUGGAGAUCGCAGCUGGCACACACGUGGAAGUACCUAGACCUCGCUGGGAACCUGGAAGGAGUCGAGAGCAUGCUGGCCACGUUCUCGAGGGUGCUCGAGGUCUUCCCCAUCGUUCACGUGGCCGUGCUCGAGGCCUCGCACCGGACGUGCGUGGUUCUCACCAAACCCGACGGCAAGGGCGCCGACCGCAUUUUCCAUGUGCCGCACGCGUUCUCCACCUCGUUCCGGCAUUUCGCGGCGGGCCUCUUGGGUCACACUGGGAAAAUCCCCGCAGACGCCGACAACCUCAUCAACUCUGCGGCCAAGAUGGAAGCCGAACUCCAGAAGUACUCGGGUCCUCAAGGUGAGCGUUACUACCACCUUCACGAGUACGGCGAUAUCCCCGCUUCGGAGGUCGGCAACGGCAGCACUGCCUUCGACUGGACGACGUACCUGAGGAACUUUCUCACGGGCGUCGUGUCCGUCAAGGCCGACUCGUGCGUCAUUGUCAAGUCUCCGGCGUACGUGAGGCACGUCGUAAAGGUCUUCGGCAAAGUCUCGAAAAAGGACGUGCGCUCGUUUCUCAAGCUAAGGGCAGCCAUGGCGCUGAUGCCCUUCCGCAAGUUGGCGGACGCUCCCGGUAAAGAAGAGGUGGAAAAACUGUGCACGCUGGCUACGUACAAGCUCUACCGCUAUGCUUUCCUUAAGGAGUUCAACGACACGCAGCUCCUACAGGUGUUUGUCAGCGCUGGCGAGAAGGAAGUCAUUGUGAGGAUGUCCUACAGGAACGUCAUUACGGAAGCCCUGCCCGCGUCCAAGGUUAAAAACAAGGUGGACGAGGCUAUGAGAAACGCAAAAGCCAAGUACUUCCGGAUCAUCAAGGACGUGAAUCAGUACUACUACAGCGACGCCACGAAACCUGACAAGGAGAUCGCCUACAACUACGUCCAGGGUCUGGGAUCCAUGACGCAGUCUUGGCUGCGGGUCGUGGUCGCUUCCGGAGGCAAGAUCCAGGACAACCAGCUGAACAUCCGCUGGGACUUUGACCCAGACACGAACAAGCUCGUCGUCCCCGUCUCUAUAGGCCAUAUGAAACUCAAGGGUGACAAGGAGUUCUUCCUGGAGUCCACAGGUCUCGGAGGGGCCAUGGUGCGAUUCCUGUACAGGGCGUUCCACGAAAGGACCCUCUUCUCAGCCGGAAACGCCAGUCGGGAGGGCCGUCACAACAAAACGGCGACAGCUUGCCUGGAGAAGCAGUAUGGGUCGAAGGCAGUGAACAACACCAAAGUCAAUGGACGCCGUGUCUUGAGGACUGUGGCCGCCGACAAUGCCCUUGUGCCGGUGCUGCACAAGGCCUUCAAGACCUCGCUGUACAUCCACAAGAUCGAGGUAAUCAACUACAAGAGGCUGGAGAUGUCGCUGGCCAACCUUCCGGACGUGGACGCCGACCAGCUGUUUUUCCUGAUGUACGGCCAGACUUUCUGCGAACCGCACGAGGACACCGCUAAGGUCCUGGCGCAGGCCCCAUGGCCUCCAGCAAAGAUCAGACUCAACACCGCGCUGGCCAACUACCCGGAGUUUGCCAAGGCCUUCAAGUGCAGCAACGGGACCACCAUGAAUCCAAAGAAGCGCUGCUCGGUUUUCGGCACCCAUUAAAGUGUUG